AGGUCAUGUUUGACUGGCCCAACAUCACAGUGCCCAGCUAUUCAGAGCAGGGCCUGAAACCAGGAGGUGAGGAGCUGCAGAGGUCUACAUGUGUCCUGGGCUUCUUCCCUGUCAUCUAUUAUAGCGCCCUCCUCUGUGUGGGAGUACCAGUAAACAUACUUACUGCGGUGGCUCUAUCCCGGCUGGCAGCCCGUACUAAGAAGGCGCUGUAUGUGUACCUGCUGGCUCUGACCGGCUCUGACAUCCUCUCCCAGCUCUUCAUCAUCUUUGUGGGCUUUCUGCUAGAAACAGCUGUGUUCCACCGUGAAGUCCCCACCCUCCUGCUGCGCUCGGUUAGCAUGGCGGAGUUUGCUGCCAACCACGCCUCCAUCUGGGCCACCGUACCUCUAACCGUGGACCGCUACGUGGCGCUGUGCCACCCGCUCCUCCACCGCCAGAUCAGCUACCCGGCACGGGCGCGGCGGAUCAUCGCCGUCGUCUUUUUCUUGGCGCUGUUGUCAGGCGUACCGUUCUUCUGGUGGUCUGACAUGUGGCGUGUCGCCCGCCCGCCCACCUCCCUGGACUCCGCCCUCAUAUGGACGCACGUGACGAUAAUCUACUUCCUGCCGUGUAGCAUCUUCCUGGUUCUGAACUUGCUGAUCAUUCACCGGCUGCGGGCGCGGCAGAGACAGGUCCCGUGCCAGGAGGAGCGUGGUGGUGGUGGGGCCCGGUUGGCCCCGCGGCGGCGUCUGGGUAAGAGCACCGCCAUGCUGCUCGUCAUCACCUCUGCGUUCGCCAUUCUCUGGGCCCCCAGGACUAUAGUGGUCAUCUAUCAUCUAUAUGUGUCAUCAGUCCACAAGGACUGGCGGGUCCACCUGGCCUAUGAUCUGUCUAACAUGCUGGCCAUGCUCAACACUGCGGUCAACUUCUUCCUCUACUGUUUCGUCAGUAAGCCAUUCAGAGCGGCCGUGAGGGAUGUUCUCCUCCACCAUCAGCAGGCCCCCGCCAACGCCUCUACGUCCUCGCUGUCUAGCAGGACAGAUAAACACUCGCACCGAGACUCUACCAACCCCACCCCCCUAUCACCCCGCAGGGCUAACAAGACUAUGUGACCCUGACCUUGACCCUUAAUCCUGAGAUGAGACCCCCUUAAUUGAGACCAACCCCCUCGUCCACCCCAUCUCUCCAUCCCCUCGUCCACCCCAUCUG